AUGAAGAGCUUCACGCAGGCUGACGCCGCGCUGCCCAAGCAGCUCAAGCUCUCCCCCGAGCAACAGCAGGCGCUCACAGACCUGGCCGACCGCAUCGUUGCGGAGACCCUGCAGGCCAACGAGGACUUCAUCGCCAACGACCGGCGGGUCGACGGCCGCGUGUGGAAGAAGGUCAAGUCGCGCGAGAACGUGCACGUGUAUCGCACGCGCCGCUCGGGCAGCAAGAUGCGCGGCAGCAGCAGUGACGUCAACGAGAAGGACCCGAGUCGGCCGCGACUGCUGUCCAACAACGCGGUCGAGCAGCACCAGCGCGACGCCAUCGCGGCCGGCCGCCCCCUUGGAUUCGUGAGCGACGACGACGGUGAAGUGCAUGGCAACGAGGCCAGCCAAACCAACACACACAGCUCCACAAGUGAGGGCGGAUCUUUCGCUAUUGAAGACAGCGUCCUGGCCAAGUCAAAGCCGUCCUAUGUGCCGCUGAUAGAGGCGAGCGGCAUCAUGGACGGAUCCGUGGAAGACGCGGCGUUCGGCGCGCUGGCCGACACCAUGUACGCCUGGGAGGUGCGCAACUCGUACACGAAGAACGACGGGUUUGAUGGCCGCAAAAUCCUGGCCGCGCUGCAGGGCCCCAGCGAGGAGGACCCAUUCAGGUUCAUCGGCGUCAAGUGGGCCACGCGCGACUACGGAACGUUCAUGACGCGCCGGGACCUGCUGUUCUUGGAAUCGUCGGGCUUCGCGCUCGACUCGGACGGCGAGCGCGUGUACUACAGCUUGGCCCACUCGAUCGAGCUGGCCGAGGUUCCCCGUCUACCUGAACGCCUCAAUGUUAUCCGCAUGAACCUUUCGAGCUGCUACAUUAUGCGCCAGUUGACGGAGGACAAGAUCGACAUCUACUGCAGAGGAUACUCGGACAUGGGCGGCGAGAUGCCCGAGGGAUUUAGCGUCAGCUUCUUCUCCGCUGCGGUCGCCGGCGUCUCGGGUAUGGUCGAGUGCUCGUACCUCAAGAAGCUGUCUUGGUUCAUGAGCCGACGUCGCCAGAGCGAUUCUGCUGGCGCGCGGUCAAGUCACUGCGGCGUGUGCGGCAAGAGCGUCAAUAAGCUCUCGAACCUCGUGCAGUCCAGCAGCGGGUGUCCAAUCUGCCGACUCCCGGUUUGCAGCAAGUGCAGCUUGCAAAAGAAAUUGUCCAUCGUGUCGCCCGAGAACGUCGUCCAGAAGCAGUUCUCCUUCUGCCUCUCGUGCGUCAUUGAAGCUCGGCGGUUGUCGGCAUGGGACGUCGCCACCUCACUGCUCAGUGAGCAGUGCUCACGGCCUCAUGAUUGA